CCUGCCCGCCAUAUUUGCUCUCUCGAGGCCGGGAGAAAACAACAAAAGCUCCAAUGCUCUCUUCAUUGGGGAAUAGGAUUCGUUCAUUUAUUCAGCCAGAAAAAGAAAAAGAUUCCCAAGACUCUCGUGGUGGCAGCAGAAAGCGUCCUGCUAGCAGUCUUCUUGAAGUAGAAGCGGACCUUAUUGAGACACCAGAAAACAAGAGGCAAAAGAUCAGUGAAGGGGUUUUCCAAGCCCUCGGUGUACCAUUUUCCAAAGUGGCUGAAUGGAUAGUGAAACAGAAGGACAGCUUUUUAGACAGGUACCAUACUAAUCCUGAACCCAGGGCCAGGGCCAGGAAUAAUGAGUACUUGUCAGAUGGUCAGUUCUCCCACUACCGUCCUUCUGAUCCUGUGGGAAGAAGUAUGGGGAUGAGAGUGUCAAGGAGCAACAAUGAAGGUCAGAGGUCAGAGCCAGAGGAGUGGCAUCCUCCACCACCGCCCAAUGCUGACAUACGCAAGCUGAAUCUCUUCCGCUCCUAUCCCGUCCCUCCAUCCUCAUCAUCUGCUGCUUCGUCAGCUGGGAUGAAACCAGACAGAAGCAGUGGGAGAUCAGAGGAAGGCCAACCCCGGGGGUACAGAGAAGGGGGUCGAGGAGACAGACCCCCUGGGUCUAAACCAGGGAGUACAGGACGAGGAGUGGCCCCUCCACGCAGUUCUACCAGGAUCCCUUCUGCCACACAGACUCCACAACAGCAGCAGAAGCAAUUCAUACCGCCCUCUUACAGAUCAGUGUUCGAAAAGACUUUUGAGGCGACCCCACAGCAAAAUGGCGGAAGUUUCCACAUGAGUAAUGGCCAGAGUUUCCAUCGGACCAGCAGCGGCCAGUCGAGUCGGCUUGCUCCAAAAGUGUACACAGCCAAACAGAGUAUAAAUAUGGAAGAAAAGGAGCGCUACAGACAGCUGUUACAACAGUUCACCACUACCCCCAUCCUCCCAGGAACCUUCUCUGUGACGGCACGGCAAAGACCUUUGCCAUUGGCCAUGAUGGCGAGCAAUAGCACAUUAACCAACACCACCCUCCUUGGAAGCGACAUCCCAAAAGCUCCAAAAGCAUUCCAGCAAGAUGUAUUGGUUCCCACCACGAGGCAGCGUAUCUCUCCCUCUGACAUGACUUUGUCGCAGAAAAGACCAGAACCCAAAGAGAGCACAGAGAAGGUCCCCAACGAUCUAGAUGCCAGUAUUAUAACCCACCUGCCUCCAAAAACCAAAAGUAGUGACACAGGGGUGUCUUUUGUGAAUACCAGUACAGAGUCGCCACCUAUUGGACACAGGAAGAAGCUUGGUCGGCAUCAGCCUGUCAUUGUAGAUUUAGAUGCAGAACCAGAUGUUGUGGAGAUUCUAGAUGAAAAGCCUCCUUCCAAGUCCCCUCCAGCUUUCCAAGAUGUACUACAAAAUUCCCCUUACUGGACUGACGAGUGGAUAAAUAGCUUAAAAGAGAGAUUUGAAAGUGAAACAUUAGCAAGAAAGAGGCAGAUAGAGGAAGAGAAAAUCAAGUCUAGUUACUUUGAGGAAAAGCGUAAAGAACAAGAGGCAGCUCUAGAAGAACAGAUCAGGCAGCGUAUGGUGCUCACAGAAACCAUCCCACCAGUUGUAGAGGAGGCUUACAUAGAGGAAGAGGAGGAGGAGGAAGAAGAGGAGGAGGAAGAGGAAGAAUUCCCAGAGUUGACAGCCGAGCAGGAGGACAUGGUGGACAAUGCUCUGGUCCCUUACCCGGAGGGACAGAUUCUUGUGGAGGCAUUUGGGUUGCGAAUAGCAAGACGCGAUAUGAGCACCUUGUUAGGGCUGAACUGGCUGAAUGACGAGGUGAUCAACUUCUACAUGAAUCUUCUCAUUGAACGUGGCAAGCAGAAAGACUGCAGUAAAGUACAUGCUUUCAACACCUUCUUCUACCCCAAGUUGAUGAGUGGAGGGCACGCUGCGUUAAAACGGUGGACGAGGAAAGUGGACGUGUUUGCAGUUGAUUACAUAGUGGUUCCUGUUCAUCUAGGGAUGCACUGGUGCUUAGCGCUUGUUGACUUCAAAGAAAAAGCAAUCAAGUAUUUUGACUCCAUGGGAGGCAAGAACACCGGGUGUCUGAAAGCAUUAAGGCAGUAUUUAUUGGACGAGAGUUUGGACAAGAAGAAACGACCCUUUGACAUGACAGGCUGGAGGGAUGAGAUUGUAAAGGAUAUACCUCAGCAGAUGAAUGGCAGCGACUGUGGUGUGUUUGCAUGUAAAUAUGCAGAGUAUGCCACCAGGGGAGCCAAGAUCACUUUUACUCAGGAACACAUGCCGUACUUCAGAAGAGCCAUGACGUACGAGAUAUUAACCAAGCAGUUGUUGUGCCAGUGAGGGAGAAGAGGCAAUACCUUUCCAUAGUAUGACAGUGAAGAGCACCUCUGUGCUGUAGCUGACAUCACCGCACAAACCAUCCGUCUGUUGAUGAAGCUCUGCCUGUGCUCUUUGGCUGAAAUGCUGUCAUUGACCUAUUUUCUUGAACAGCCACUUGGGAAGUGUUGUUACUUGGCCAAAGAUGCCUUCAAAUUAUAUUGACCACAUUGGCAUAAUUUGCCUCAUAGCAGCAAGGGAAUCUUAAGGUGUGUUCACAGUUUGCUUGAGCAGUCUUGACUAGUGGCAGCAAAAGAACAAACGGCUCACCUAAUGCAAUGCUGGUUUAUAGGAAGUGAAGGACACACCUAACACAAUAUUGAACUGGAAGAGAAAGUAAGGCUUAUCUAACGCAAUGCUGGUUCAUAGGAAAUGAAUGGCACACCUAACACAAUAUUGAAUUGGAAGAAAAAAGUACAUCUCAUCUAACGCAAUGCCAGCUCCAGGAGAGCAAAGUCAUCCCCAACUGGGCUUUUGUAUCCCAGUUGAUUUUGUAUACUGUACAUUUCAUGUCACAUGUGAAGAUCUUGUAAACUUUGUAAAUAUAUAAAUAAUUUAUUUAUGGAGCCAAUAGUAAGAUGUAUCAAUAUAAGUAUUUUUUGUGUCACUAAAAGGUUAGCAAGAUGUCAAU